GAGACAAAAUAUGUAUUAACUUCUUGCUUGUUUUUCUAUAAACAUCACCAUAAUUAUAUUCAAUCUUUGGAUUGAAAUCAAAUAAGAAUCCAACUAAGAGUCCUCUUUAUUGUUCUGAAUGAAGAGGUCAGAGUUGGUGUUUAUACCUUCACCGGGUAUCGGCCAUGUUACAUCAACGGUGGAGUUGGCACGGCUACUUGUCAACCGAGACGACCGAUUCGUAGUGACAAUCAUCUUGAUGAAGCUACCCUUUGAUGAGAAGUUCACAAGCUACUGCAAAUCACUCACUGAGUCAACUAUUUCUAACAAUAUCAAGUUCCUUGACCUCCCUCUUCUUGAACAAGCUUUAGAUAUGAAGGCAAAAGACGUUUUAGCUUUCUACAUGGAAACGUACAAACCUUUAGUCAAAGAAGCUCUGGCUCAGCUCAUUGAGUCGUCCACCUCAAGCCCUGAUAAGCCGCCUCGGCUCAUCGGUCUCCUGGUUGAUAUGUUCUGUGUAACAAUGGUAGAUGUGGGCAAUGAUUUUGGACUGCGCAGCUAUGUGUUCUUCACUUCAGGUGUAGGUUAUUUGAGUCUCUUGUUUUCUAUGCAAACCAUGAAAGAUGAGCAAAAUGUGGACUCAACCCAGUUCAAAGACUCCGAUACUGAGUUGGUGAUUUCAAGUUUUGCUAAACCAAUUCCUGCUAGGGUUUUGCCUUCUAUGUUUCUUAACAAAGAUGUUGUUCCUGGCUUCUUAAAUUUUGCAAGAAAGUAUAAGCAAACGAAAGGUAUUGUGGUCAACACUUUCUUGGAGCUGGAAUCCCAUGUAAUGAGCUCAUUUUUUGAUGGCUUGACCCUUCCGAUAUACCCAGUGGGGCCUAUUUUGAAGCUCCAACGUGCUGAAGGUGACAAAGGGUUAGAUAGGGCUCGUGAGAAAGAGGAGAUCAAGAAGUGGCUUGAUGAUCAACCUCAAUCAUCCGUGGUGUUCUUGUGUUUUGGAAGCAUGGGAAGCUUUGACGAGGAUCAGUUGAAAGAGAUUUCAAAGGCAUUAGAACAUAGUGGCCAUCGAUUUUUAUGGUCCCUACGUCGAGCUCCACCAAAGGGUACGAUUGUAUUCCCUAGUGGUUAUGAUAAUCCAAAGGAAAUAUUGACGGAUGGAUUCUUGGAUCGAACGUCUAUGGUUGGAAAAAUCAUUGGAUGGGCUCCACAAACAGACAUCUUGGCCCAUCCAGCAGUUGGAGGAUUUGUAUCGCAUUGUGGAUGGAAUUCUAUACUAGAAAGCCUAUGGUUUGGUGUGCCAAUUGCUGCCUGGCCAAUAGAUGGGGAGCAACAAUUAAAUGCCUUUCAAAUGGUGGUUGAGUUAGGAUUAGGUGUGGAAAUUAAAUUAGAUUAUAGGAAGGAUUUUUUGAGUGAUGAUGAAGUUAAAAUUGUGACUGCUGAGGAGAUAGAAAGAGGUAUAAACAGUUUGAUGCAGAGUAAUAGUGAAAUAAAGAGAAAGGUGAAAGAGAUGAGUGAAAAGAGCAAGAAAACCUUGAUGGAAUGUGGAUCUUCACACACUUCAUUUGGUCAUUUUAUUGACAAUUUGAUGAGCUAGUUCUUCUGCUGCAACAUUAUAUUAGGUCCUCUUAGCAGAGGUUUUUUUUGUUCUUUUCCCUUUAUUUUGGAUAAUAGUCCUCUGAAAUUAAGUGUAAUUU